AUGGACAAGCUACUAUAUGUGCUGUCAAGUGUCGGUCAAAGUUAUCCUCGUAUCUUCUUUACCGGUAUCUUAGGCGGAAUGGGAUUGGAGUUGUUCAAAAUACACUUCCAAGCAGGUGGUAUCAACUAUUACAAGGUGUUCAGACGCAACAAUCUUCAACGUGAGCUCGAAGGCUACGAAGAGGACUUGAUAGAGACUGAGAAGACGUUGAUUAAAUUUGCUAAAUCCAAGGGGAUAGACGUGCCGGAUGAUGAAUAG